ACCACUGUUUGUUUUAUAUGUAUGGUUAGUUACAAACUGGAUUUUCUUAGUAUUUAGUCCCCAAAUGCUGUAGCUGUAAAUGUCAACAUGAUCUAUUAUGUUAAUUGAUUUAAGUGCAUUAAUGGCAGAUGUAAAAAUAAUUCAAGGGGUACUCAACCCCACAGCCCUCCCACUGCAACGUCACACAACAGCAUGACUAUAAAAAUAAGAGGCACAAGCUAAACCCCACCCCUCCCUCAUAUCCGAUCUCUUUCACCCUCGUGUCGGUCUAAGGAGAUUGUUAAAGGGCUUAGCAAAUGUCGGAGAGCUGAGAGGGAGAGGAUACAAACUGGCGUAUUACUUCUCAUCAAUAUAAUUACCUUACAGCACUUUUUAAUUAUUAAAGAAACUGCCCCUUUCACCUGUGACCAGGAUUGUGUUUUUGAAUUUUCAUCCUCAAAAUUUCCUGCCCGAUGCUCCAACGCUCAUAAAGCUUAAAGACAACAGAAAGUGAAGUGCCGCAGUAUCAUGACCAGGAAGGUGUUCACCAACACUCGUGAGCGCUGGCGCCAACAUAAUGUCAAUACUGCCUUUGCAGAGCUGCGGAAACUCAUCCCCACUCACCCACCUGAGAAAAAGCUCAGUAAGAAUGAGAUUCUACGGCUGGCUAUGCGCUACAUCAAUUUUCUGGUAACUCUGUUGGGAAACCAGGACGGAGAACCAUCAGCUCACUCUCAAGCCGCACUUCUCACACUGCUUACGGGGAACAUGCAAAACCUGCGCACUGACCGCACCUGGAACAGCGACACUGACCCACCCUCGCCUGGAUCCAGCUGCGACAGUUCCGAAGCCUGGUAGACUGGUGUAAAGUGAUGGUUGCAUGAAUAGAAAUUAAGGAUUGUAAUUCCUCCUUAAUAGAAUGUUUAUUGGAAGAUUUUAUGAUUGUGACUUUGUCAAUGUGGUGAAAUCAAAGUUCCAUUUCCAUGGAGACACAGAGCUGAAGGACAUUCCAGAUUCUGGGAUUGUUCAUUGUGACUCUGCAGAGAUCAUUAUGACAUCACAAUCACUCGUUCCUUCUAUGUCGUUUGGAAACAAUUGAUCUGCGGAAACCCAGAGACUUAAAUAUAAAUGUAUUGGCAUUAUUUGCCAAUGCUUCAAAACUGCUGCCAUUUGUAAUUGAGCGGAGACCCUGAGCAACAUAUGCAUAGUCAAGGAUGCACUUUAUAAGCAUCUCCCCAGUACUUUUUUGUAUUUAUAUAAUUUAAUUUCUUUGUCUGAAUGAACAUGUUCCUGAUUGAAAAACCUCUAG